AUGGCAAACGAAUCUUCCGUUGAUCGCGUUGAAGCUGAAACGUUUGCUGAAUAUCGUGGUAACGGUGGUUGUGUGGUGGAGGAACAUGCUGAUAGCGGUGAUUAUGACAAAGCGAAACAGAAAUCUUUGUUUUGUCAAAUUUUUUCGGUUUACCUUAAGGAGGAUUGUGGUAAAGGUAAUGUGAGGCCUAUUCCGGUGGUGCUUGGUGACGGUCAAUUGGUUGAUUUAUACCAACUUUUCUCCCUUGUGAAGGAAAACGGCGGGUAUGAUGUGGUAUCGAGAAAAGGGCUGUGGGAUUCGGUCAUAGUUGAGCUGGGUUUGGAAAUUCAUUUCUUGGCUUCGAUUAAAUUGAUUUAUGAUAAGUAUUUGAUUGGUUUCGAAGGCUGGCUCACAAAAACUUUGGAUCUAGAGAAAGAAUUCCGAAGCCUUUUGUGCUUGAAUCUAAAGGACAAAGAUGAUUGUUUUGUCCCGUUUAAAUCGAGUAAUAUCAUCAAGCAUAUUGAUUUGGUUAAUCAAAAGAUUGAUGGUAUUGGUGAUGAUGAUAAAAUGGUAACUGAUGCUGUUAAGGAGGAGGAUGACUGUUGCAUGGAAAUUUCUGCCGAGGAAUUUAAUUCUCGCAAACGUAAGCGAGAAUCAUUGUCAGGGAUGGUACACUGGACCAGGCAUAUUGCAAAACAUCCGAUUGAUCCGGCAACCGUACCAUUACCAGAACCUUCAAAGUGGAAGGACUAUAAAGGAGGUCAGGACUUUUUCCUUCAACUGCUGAAGGCAAGAGACAUUCUCUCGGUGAGAAAGCAUGCUGCACCAGGCAGUGGAUCAUCUUCCCAGAAGGUGAAGAUGCAUCCUGCCAUGUAUGAGGAUCCUGUUGCUCUUGGUCACCAAAGUUCCAAGAAAUUGAGAUGUAGUGAAAGGCUUCCUGUAUCUGUUAAAUCUCGCUGCAGUUGCUGCAAUUCAUUUCAUGGUAAUGGAAAUAAAUGUUCUCUGGAGAAAACACCAGCCAAACCAAACGGUGUGUCUGAAAAGAAAAAAUCUGCUGCCAAACCGGAUGUCACCGAGAAGAAAAAAUCUGCUGCGAAACCGGAUGUCACCGAGAAGAAAAAAUCAACUGCCAAACCAGAUGUAACUGAAAAGGAAAAAUCAACUGCCAAACCAGAUGUAGCAGUAAAGGAAAAAUCUGAUCCAACUAGUGAUGAUUCUCGUGAAAAGAUUGUUUCUGUCGGUCAUCGUUUCCAAGUGGAGGUCCCGGAAUGGACUGGCGUAGCUUCUGAGAGUGACUCUAAAUGGUUGGGCACACAAAUUUGGCCUGUUAAAGAUGACUCAAAAGCUACUACUGAAACUGAUCUCGUUGGGAGAGGAAGAAGAGGAAAAUGCAGGUGCAAAGUUCAACGUUCUGUUGACUGUGUCAGAUUUCAUAUUGCCGAGAACAGGAUGAAACUGAAGCUUGAAUUGGGUUCUGUAUUUUACCGAUGGAGAUUUGAUCAAAUGGGUGAGGAAGUUUCACUUCGAUGGACUGCUGAAGAAGAAAAGAAAUUUAAGGAUGCAAUGGGGUUAAAUAUCCCGUCCCAAAACAAGUCUUUCUGGAACAAGCCAUCCAAAUACUUUCAAAAGAAGACUAGAAAAGACAUGGUGAACUAUUACUUCAAUGUAUAUCUUAUUCAACUGAGAAGCUAUCAGAAUCGUGUCACUCCGGAUGCUGUUGACAGUGAUGACGAUGAAGUUGAAUUUGGAUCUUUUGGUGAUGGAUUUGGGAGAAAAGCUAUCAAGCAUCCAUAUAUGGAGUUUAUGGAGUGUUCAGAGAACACACAGUGCUUUGAUUUUGAGUAG